AUGUCUCGCGUCUCCCAGCUGUUAAACAUCCAAACUGCGUUGAACCGGCCUCUGCCUGGACACUUCCCUUCCGAGAGUGACUUCGGGAGCCCGGUUUCGACAUUCAUCGAGUUUUCUGGCUCAGAGUCCGAAACAGAUACGGAGACCGGAGACUCGGAUGACGAGACGACCAGAGCCCGCCUUGAUCCUUUAAACAUAGAUGAUUCUCCUCUCACCGCGACCACUGACUUGUCCCUAAUCACACCCGGCACGGAGUACGGGGUCAAUUUUGCGAAUGGGAAGCGAGUAUAUUUCGCGGAGGAAGAGAUAGACGCGACACCAGAGAAGUGUUACAACGAGUCGAGUACCGCGACAGACCUCAAGAAUUAUAACGAUGCUGAGGUGGCUGCACAUCAGGAGGAGGGGUACACGGAAGUCGAGAUUCACGCGGUUCCUAGUUCAAGGCCAGUCGAAGUCGAUGCCGUUCCUAAGGUCACCCACAUCGGGAUCAGUGCAUCUCCAUAUUACACCCAUACCGCCGUCGAUGCGACACCCAAAUAUGUGGAUGCGGGGUGCGCGGCACCAGGGUUGGAAUACGCACAGAAGGAGGCCGCGACAGAGUCGGACGAAAUCACGGCAUUCAAGCUCAACGAGCUAUACUUCCUUGAUAGCGUUGUCUUUCUGGUUGGGGGGCAGCUAUUCCGAGUGCCGAGGUACUGUUUCCUGAACGAAGCAGGCGCAACCUUCCACAAGCUUUUUUCGCAUCCGUUCGGAAAAUUCGAUAUCGUCAAGGGGUCGAGCAUCAGGCACCCAUUACCUCUUCCCAAGGACGUCAGCGCAUUCGACUUCGAGAAUUUCCUCAAAGUUAUGUAUCCAUUAUACAGCCCGUUGCCGAUCCAGAUGGGCCGAGUAGAGUGGGAGUCAGCCCUGAAGUUGGCAACAAAAUGGAAGUUCACCAUGAUCCGCAGGAAGGCCUUGUCGGAGUUGUCGAAGAUGAACCUGGAGCCCAUCGACUACAUCGACUUUGGAACGAGAUACACCUGUGCGGCAUUCUUGUUCGAUGGCUACAAGAAGUUGGCGCUGAGGGAGGAGUCAGUGAACGACUACGAGGCGAGCGUAAUGAGCAGGUCCGGAUCGAUGGGCAGGUUUGUGCGGCUGAGAGACCUCGUGAAGGCGACUACUGCGGGUCGGACAGUUGCGGAUGAGCAUGUGCACCGCGAGUUCCGGGAGGAGCUUGUACAAGAUGACGACUAUCGCUUCAAUCCGAAGGGGAAGCAAGGAUAA